AUGGAUGAAGUGUUGGAGUACAAUCGUAAAACUUUAACUGAUGUCUUUAUGACGGAGGUAGACGAAAAGACGGAGGAUGUGCAGAACAAAAUCAGCUUCCUUCAUGAUCAGCUGAUGAGGAACGAGAACCCAACAAUCCUUCAGCAGGAGGUGGACAAGAUCAGAGACAGAGGAUGUCACCUUAAGCAACAGAUGGAUGCACUCGUAUCAGAAUUCGAAGCAAAAUACCACGAACUGAAAGCCACAAGAACAAAGCAUAUCAGAACGAUAGAGAAAGAAUAUUCUACAUACUUGUUAAAACUGAAAGCUGAAUCUGUUCGAUGCGGACAAGUUUGUAAUUCUGAUAACCUUCAAGAAGUGAAGGGUAUCAUUAAGUCCCUAGACGAACUUUUAAACCACACGAAUCUCCCAAGUAUUGAACUCAGUGAAGAUUUCUUUGAACCAGUCCAAACUGCAACAACUGAACUGAAAGAUUUCUUCGGUAAAAUGUGCAGCAGAGACAUACCUGUUCCCGAUAGCGAUAGUAUAACAGACAAAGCGCCUCAACCGGACGUGGAUAUGGGCGAUAACUCCGACAUAGCUUCACUUCUUGAUUCUGAACAUGGAACAACUCCGAAAUCUGUCUCAGUUCAUGGAGAUAUUAAUUCAGAGAAAAGCUUCGUUCAAAGUGAAGCCAGUGCAAAGAGUGAUCAUGGUGAUUCAGAAGAAGUUGACGAUGGAGUCGAAGAAGUAAUAACAGACUCUGGUAAUAAAGAUGAAAUAAUUGCAAACGCGACGUCCUCCAACAAGGAGGACCAAGACAUAUCACCACAAUCAGGGGCAGUACAAGAUGACAAUACAUCUGAUAAAGCAUCUAUCCAAAGUGAAGUUAUUUCAACACAUGAUGAAACUGCAUCUGGUCUGGAAAUUGCAAAACUUGAGGAACAAAACGACGCAUCGACCGUUAAACUUGUGCCUUCUUCUGAUGACGUCGAACCCGAAUCGAGUGCAAAACAUUCUUCUGAAAAGGACAAUGAAUCGGUUGCAGGAUCCGAGAAGUCAAUUGCGGAUGAUUUUGUAGAGGAAGAUCUAGAUGUGACCGACACCUCCCAAGUUCUUGAAAGGGAGGAAGAUGGAAGAGUUAUGCAAGAUACAGAAGAUGAGUUGGCGUCAGAAAAAUCCAGAUAUUCAUAUGCCAGUAGUUAUGAAGAUGCUGCUUCUUCAAAAUCGAGUAGUGUUCUGAAGUUGAAAGACGCGGAGGAAAUCGUUUCUUUAGCUAAAGAGGGUAAUGUGAAAGACAAAGAGGAACGCUCUUCAUUGAUUGGAGAUGCAGAUUCAAAAGAUGACGUUCAAGGCAGCGAAUCUUCUGUGAUAGACAAGGAAAUCAGGUCGGAUCACGAAGAUUCCCUGUCAUCUGAAACAAUAGAUAAACCAGUGAAGGAAGCGCCAAUACCAAUCGUCGUAUCAACUUCUCAUGGACAGAAUUAUUUUGAUGAUAAACCACAGUCUGUGUCUAGCCUUAAACAGACAAGUCGAUCUGACGUGCCAGAAGACGUUGACAGAAAAGCAAAAGACAACGGCUUAUCAAAAGCAUUAUCCCAAUCAGUGCCUGCAAUACAAGUGAUGAAGGAUACAGGCAUCGAAGCAACUCAGGAAUUUGUUGAAACUCGGGGGAAAUCAGACAAUGGUGCUUCCGAGGAAUAUUCAAACGUAAAUGUAAUUACACAUGUGAAAGACACCGAAGCGAUGAAACAAAAAGUGGAGGUUGUGCAUGUAGAGCCUCAAAUCAUUACUACUGAAAAUCGAGACGGCAGCUAUGAGCGGGAAGGCUUGCAUAAAAAUAGUACAGAUGUUGAUAGCGAGGAGGGCAGAUGUUCGCCCAUUCCCAGUCAACCUGCUCAUACGGACUCACACGAUAUACUCGACGUACUACACACGUUUAAGGUAAAAGGUGGAGAUGAAGUCAUUUCAAUUUGUCCUCUGUCAGCAGGUGAGUGCGCGUGGAUUGCACGACAGAAAGGUAAACACGUGUUUCGGGCAAUAAAAAUGGUUUCUAGGUCCGGCAAGGUGGUACAAACGUCUGGUUUUCCACGCGCUGUGGUGGACAUAUCCGUUGACCGCAGCGAUGGAAUUCUUGUCACGUGCACAGACAGCGUCGUUAGGCAGAUGUUGGCAGUUGACAAAUCUGUGGUCAAGUUCGAAACGGACGAGGAUUUGACCAGUUUGUGUCAGUUGAGUAGCGGUAACAUAGUCGUCUGUCAUUAUCUCACAUCCAAAGUAGUACUACUUGACUCGACGGGGGAUGUACUUGGUUGUCUGGACGGCAAAGGGCGCGACAGAGCUACCGUUGGCAAUCCUUGGAAAGUCAGAGUCAACGAAAAUAAUGACGACGUUGUCAUCAUAAAUCGACAGGGUCCAUCUUCUAUUGCUGUAGUAGAUAAAGACCUUAAUAUUCGGUUCCUAUUUGACGGAACAAACACAUACACGGCAGCUAAUAUUCCUGAUAUAUCUUCUUCCGCUUCUCCUCGGGAAAUGACCACUUCCGUAUCUACAACUUCCGGUUCUAAUUGCGACAACAGGUUCAUUCCUGUAGAUGCGUGUUUCGACUCAAGUAACAAUAUAAUCAUUGCUGAGUAUAACCGGAAGGCGGUGCUGGUGUUGGAUGCUGAAGGUCGGUUACUUGGUACUCUGUAUAACGAAUGUACUCGGCCAACCUCUCUGGCUGUGGACAGUCAAGGUAAUUUGUGGGUCGGCUAUACCAAUGGCAAGGUGGAUAUCAUUCGACAUCUUAGUGAGAAAAUUAACUGCCUCAAAUAACCUUUUUCUCUUUGCAUAUAAUCGAUUUACAAGUUGAUUAUCAUACUUCUCUGGCUACUUCCGGUUCUGAAAGCUGUAAAAAAGGUAUAAUUAACGAACACAUGCACUGUCCUCAAAUGGCACUGACUGUUGCGAGGACGUUAUUACACCCUUAACAAACUUUAUUUGCAACUUUCU